AUGUAUGCUCCAUCUUCACCUCAGCAGAUCCACUUGGAGGACAACAGCUUCUCUUCACUAGAUACCAAAGUGCAGACUGCCAUCAUCUCUACAUCACUACGUCACCUGCAACAACACUAUCAUCACUAUCAUCAGAGCUCCUCUCCAUCAUCAUCACUAUCAUGCCCUGCCCAGUCUGCCCCUCCCCCUUCUUCAAAUGAGCCAUUACCCUCCCCUUCUUCAAACACCCCAUCACCCCUGCCAUCUUCAAUCACUCCACAACAAUUAGAAGAAGAAUGGGGCACACCUCCCCUGCUCCUGGAUCUCCCUGCACCACCACCAACCUCAAAUUCAGACACAACAUGCUCAACCUCCAGUGGCAAGCCUCUUGACCCCACCAACCCUGCAGUUCGGAGGGCAAGGCGCUGGAUCUCUGCUAUCUCCAGCUUCCUCAAAGUCCAUCAGGCUAAGGAGAAGCCAGAGCGCCCUGUGGUUGAGCAGCGCUUUAGGGAGAUGAUAGAAGCAAUUAAAGAGAUUGAGGAAGAGAAGGACCUGAUGAGCUACAACAUUGUUGUGUCGACACAACUCUAUCACGCUGUCAGGCGCCUCGCACACGCCAACGUAAUUGGGCAGAAGACCCGCCCGAGCGACCUGGCACGGAAGGUGCUGGAAUGUUGGAAGGGACGGUUUCCAGGCAAGUUGCCGGAGCGGAGGGCGGGUGCAAUGGAGGCGGACGACAGGUGA